CGGACCGGACGCACCUUUGCGGCAGGCGCGGGGCCUCAGCCACCAACGUCACGGGGCGCGGCGUGCGUGGGUGCGGCCAUGACGUCAUGCCCGCGGAGCCCCGCGCCGGCGCCGUGACGUCACGCCCUGGAGCUGCGGGCCGGGCCGGGCGGCGGCAUGGCGGAGAGCGAAGCGGAGACCCCGGGCACCCCGGGCGAGUUCGAGAGCAAGUACUUCGAGUUCCAUGGCGUGCGGUUGCCGCCCUUCUGCCGCGGGAAGAUGGAGGAUAUCGCCGACUUCCCCGUGCGGCCCAGCGACGUGUGGAUCGUCACCUACCCCAAGUCAGGUACAAGCUUGCUGCAAGAGGUGGUCUACUUGGUGAGCCAGGGCGCCGACCCUGAUGAGAUCGGCCUGAUGAACAUCGACGAGCAGCUGCCGGUGCUGGAGUACCCACAGCCAGGGCUGGACAUCAUCAGGGAACUGACGUCUCCCCGACUCAUCAAGAGCCAUCUCCCGUACCGCUUCCUGCCCUCUGACCUCCACAAUGGGGACUCCAAGGUCAUCUACAUGGCUCGCAACCCCAAGGACCUGGUGGUGUCUUACUAUCAGUUCCACCGCUCGCUGCGGACCAUGAGCUACCGAGGCACCUUCCAGGAGUUCUGUCGGAGGUUCAUGAAUGACAAACUGGGCUAUGGCUCCUGGUUUGAGCACGUUCAGGAAUUCUGGGAACAUCGAAUGGAUGCCAAUGUGCUUUUCCUUAAGUAUGAAGACAUGCACCGGGAUCUGGUGACCAUGGUGGAGCAGCUGGCCAGAUUCCUGGGUGUGUCCUGUGAUAAGGCCCAGCUGGAGUCCUUGAUCGAGCACUGUCACCAGCUGGUGGAUCAGUGCUGCAAUGCUGAGGCUCUGCCUGUGGGCCGGGGAAGAGUCGGGCUGUGGAAGGACAUCUUCACCGUCUCCAUGAAUGAGAAGUUUGAUUUAGUGUACAAACAGAAGAUGGGGAAGUGUGACCUCACGUUUGACUUUUAUUUAUAAUACCAGAAUCCGCGAACUUGCAUGCUCAUGGUCCCCCGGACGCUCUACUAGCUAAAAGUCCUGUUUGCGUUCUUUUAUUCCUCGCUGGACACACUUCCGGAAGCUGCUUGGAAACAGCAAGGGGUGAGCCUGGUGGAGAGAGCCGAGGAGUGAGAGGAUGCUGUCUACAGCAGCCGCCUGGCCUGGCCCGUAGUGUUUGAGUCUCCACGUGGUGGCCAUACCACAUGCAUGGGCAGCGCAAAUGUCUGCCCUGUACCCCGUGUUAUUCACUAUUUUAUAGCGCAUUUCACUGAAAACCGAAAUAAAUAUCUGUCAGCCAAAUGCAAGUGCAUUUCCCGGGGGUAGGGGGGGAGCAGGAGCGUGCUGUGCCAGAAUGCUAGAAAGCUCUCAGGGGUCACUGUAAUUUUCAUAGUCUUUUCUCUAGGCACAGCCAUUCUACCUUGUUCUGAGAUCAAAGAAUGGGUUGGGGGUUGGAGGGAGCUGGAGAGGCGGGUGUCGCCUAUGGAGUUCAUUCUUCUGGAACCAUCCUGAUACCAAGCCAGGACCUGUCUCAGGCCGUUUUCAGAACCGCCUCUAAGCGUGCAGCUCUCUGAGCCCCAGCACAGAAGAGCCCAAGGAAUGUGUCGGCAGGGAAGCUGGCCCGAGGCUGUGGGUGGCAUCUGAAGGCAUUGGUAGGUGUGGAAGAGUCCCCAUGGACCCCAGAAUGCACCAAGAAUUGGUAUCUUUCACAGCCUUUACUUGCUCCCCAAGGCAGUGACUGACACACUCCUGCUGGCAAGAGAUACAGGACAUCGCAUGGUUCUGAAGUCCCUAGUCGCUGUCCCAUCUGCUCCACCUGUGCCGAGCAAGUCUCUCACCCAGGAGACCCAGUCUGCACAUUGACCGUCCUCUGUGCAGAUAGGAUUGGCUAGCCCACCUGUGUGAGUGGGCACCUUAGCCCUCAAGAGUGUCUGAGGGGAGGAGCCAUGGUCCUGUGUGCUCGAAUUUGACCAGACGAGCGGUGGACCGGAAGAUCGCCGCUUGUGGGGACCAACUUGUUCUGUUACUCAACAGGCUGGGAAGAGUCGAACGUGGUAGUGGGAGGCUGGGGCUGAGGCUGUGGAAGAGGCCUGCCGUGGGCUGUCUCUGAAGCGGGUCUGGUGGUUGUGGCAUUACCUCUGUCCGGAGAGAAGCUUGUGUAGGUCUGGUGCAUGGUUCUCUGGGGUGGGCAUGGCGGCAGCACCUUUCCUGUGUGUCUGGGGAGGAAAGCUGCUUUCUGUGAAAUUUUCUUUCUAUUUUUCUAUUUUUAGUACUGUACGGAUGUUCUGGAACCACACAUGGUAAUCUCUGCUUGCUUGCAUCUUUAAUAAAAGACACCUCCCCUGUU